AUGAGUUCUUUAAUAAAUUCGCUGCUAUUUAAAGGUUUUAUAAAAAAGAAAGAAAAUAAAAAUGAAGAAAAUAACAGAGAUAUACAAAAUAAUGAAAGUAAUAGUCAAGUGAAUGAAAUAAAUAUGAACAAUCUGUCAAGAAAGGAAAUCAAGGAAAGGAUAAACAACAAUAAUAAGAAGAAUAAUAUUAAGGAUAAUAAUAAAAAAAGUGAUCAUAAUAAAAAAGGUGACCACAAUAAAAAAAGUGAUCAUAUUAAUUGUAAUGAUAACCUUGAUAAAAAUAUUAUUUAUCAUAGAAAUGAAGGACGUGAUGAGAGUGUGCCUUCAGGGGUUAAUCAAGAAAAUUUACUACUACAGAUUCUUUAUAGAAAUAAAGAGGAUAUAUUAAAUGAACGUGAUUAUAUGAAUAAUAAUUAUUUUGAUAUUUGUAAGAAAGAUAAAAGUAUGAAUUUAUUAAAAAAUUCAAAAGAAGAUAUGGAAAGAGAAAGAAUAAAGACUUAUUAUGAAUUUUAUAAUUCUACAAAAUAUGAACAUAUUCAUAAAUAUGGAAAAGCAAAUAAGUUUAUUAAUUUUUAUAAUGAUAAAAAUAUUUUAUAUAAUUAUAAGGAACAUAUGGAUACACCCCAAAUACAAAAAAAAAAAAGUGAUUAUGUAAAUAGAAAGGAAAAAGAGAAAUAUAUAAAUGAAUAUUAUAUGAAUGAACAUUAUAUGAAUGAACAUUAUAUGAAUGAUAUAUUAAAAAAUAUACCCACUUCUAAUAAUAUUUCAUCAAAUGUUUUAUUGCAGUUAUAUAAUAAUUCUAAGAAUGUAAAUAAUUUAAAUAUUCAUAAUACAGAUUUUAUAGAACUGCAUGAUAUUUUUGAUGAAAAAAAAUUGGAUAAUGUAAAAAAUAAAGAUUUCUGCUUUUAUAGAAAUAUAAAUAUGAAAAAGAAAAUAAAUAAAAAUAAAGAAUCUUAUAAGGAAAGGAAUUAUGAGGAAAUAAAUCAUCCACAGGAUGAAGAAAGCGAACAAGAAGAUAUAAAAAAUUAUAAAACAGGUUCAAGUAAAAAACAACAUAAAAUAGGAAAUACUUAUAAAAUGGAAGAGAUAAAAAGGGAUUAUGAAAAUGUAAAUAAUGACAAUAUAAAAGUUGAAAAUGAUGAUUAUAUAAAUGGUGAUGAUAUUAAUGGUGAUGAUAUAAAUGGUGAUGAUAUUAAUGGUGAUGAUAUAAAUGGUGAUGAUAUAAAUGGUGAUGAUAUAAAUGGUGAUGAUAUAAAUGGUGAUUAUAUAAAUGAUGAUUAUAUAAAUGAUGAUUACAUUAAUAAUGAUGAUAUUAAUAAUGAUAAUUUAAAUAAUAAUCGCCACUUUUAUAAUAAUGAUGAUGCUGUUUAUAAUUCUGGAGAUUCAAUUAAAGAAGAAGAAAUAAAUUUUUUAGAAGAAAAAUUUUGUUCGAAAGAAGAGGAAGAAAUUCAUAUAUCUAAAAAAUCAUCUGAUAAUGAAUUUAAUAGUUAUGACGAAUUAGAUAUGGAUAAGGAAUUUAAUUUUAAUGAUGAUAAUAUAAAUAAUGUUGAUAAUAUAGAUGACCUUCUUAAUAUUGAUAAUAUGGAUGACCAUCUUAAUGAUGAUAAUAUGGAUGACCUUCUUAAUAUUGAUAAUAUGGAUGACCAUCUUAAUGAUGAUAAUAUGAACAACCUACUUAAUGUUAAUAAUAAUGAACAAGUUGAAUUAGAUAAUAUAUCUGAAACAUUUAAUUUAAUGGAAAAUAAAUAUAAUGAAAAGAUAUAUGAUAAGGAUGAAGAUAAUCUACUAGAUGUUCAUAUAGAUAAUAAUAAUAAUAAUAAUAAUAAUGAUAAUAAUAAUAAUAAUAAUAAUAGUGAUAAUUAUUAUAAUAUUCUUUCGCAUGAUAAUACACACAAAAACGUUGAUGAUAUCUCUUUAGAUUCAUUUUAUAAGAACACAAAUAAUAAUGAAGAAAAUGAAGAAAAAAAAAUAGAAACUGAAAAUAUCAACGAUGUACUAACAACAUAUGAAAAAAUAAAAGAAAGUGAUAAAAAUAUCGUUUUAAAGAUUAAAUAUAAAGAGGAAGAUUUUAAUAGUUAUAAUAAAGAUAGCUUUUCUUCAUAUGAAUAUAAUUUAAAAAAGAAUUAUUUAAGUAGCCAUGAUGAAGAAGAAUAUAAAGAGAAACUAAAUUAUAGCGCACGUGAUAAUAACAAUGAUAAAAACCUUAAUUUAUUAAGUGAGAAAGAUGAUAGUACUAAUAUGGAUAUUAUGAAUAAUAUGAAUGUAAAUAUAAAUGAUGAAGAAGAAGGUAUAAAUAAUUUUUAUAUGAAUAAUAAUAAAAAAAAAAAUGAUUUAAAUAAUAUUAUGUAUGUAUAUGAAAAUGAUCAAGAUGAUGAAAAUAAAGAUAUAAAUAUAAAUAAUAAUAAUCAUAAUAAUAAUAAUAAUGAUUACAAUCAUAGAUUUAAUGAUGAGUUUAAUUUAAAUAAAAAAAAAAUAAAAAAAAAAGAAAAUGAAUAUGAUUAUUUUAAAAAUGUUUAUGAAGAUUAUAAACAAUAUUCAUUAUAUGAUGAUAUGAAUUUGUAUGGUAAUAAUAUUAUAAAUAAUGUAUAUAUAUAUAUGUUAUUAAAUUAUAAAUACCUACAUAAUUAUCAUACAAAAAAUACAUUCAACAAUAAUAAUAAUGAGAAUGACAAUGACAAUGAGAAUAUGUAUAUGAAUAAGAAUAAUAAUAAGAAUGUUAAUAUGAUAUUAUAUCCAUAUAAUAAUGAAGAUUAUUUUGAUUACGUCACGAACAAAAAAAUAUCAGAAAAAGAUAUUUUAUAUAAUGAAUAUAUUAUAAAUGAAUUAUUUAAUAUAAAUGAGAAUGAUAAAUCUAAUAUGUUAAGUAAUUCAGAAAAAAUGAAAAAUAAAAAAAUGAAAAAUAUAACAAAUAAUAAUAGUUAUUAUUAUGACAAUAACAUGAUACAAUUUAAUGAUAAAAAUAAUUUAGUUACAUGGAAUAAGGAGAGAAACAUAUCUAACAAUGCUAAUGUAGAAAAUAAACGUUUGUUUUCUCAAGGUACUAUAAAUAAUAAUUCAUUAAAUAUUUUUAAAAAUAAUAAUGAUUUAUUUUUUAAAGACAUAGACAAAUAUAUGAAUGAACACAUUGUCAAUAGUAAUAAUAGUAAUAAUAGUAAUAGUAGUAAUAGUAUAUUUUUAGAUAAUUUUAGUAAAUUAUUAUCAAAGGUAUAUGAUAUGAAUCUACAAAGAGGAGAAAAUAAUUAUAAUAAUGAUAAUAUGUUAGAAUAUAUCAAUAAAAUGCUAUCAGUUGAAUUACAAAAGAAUCAACUCAUAUCUUAUAUGUUAAAUAAUUUAUUUUUAAAAGAAAAGGAUAUAUCUGAUGUAUUAUUAAAAUCGUUAAUUUAUCGUUAUGAUGAAUAUAAAUAUUUAAAAGAAGAUUUAUUUUUAAAUAAUUCUUAUUUUUAUAAAUUAAAAAGAAAUGAAGAAUAUAUAAAGCCAACUAUGCAACAUGAUGAUUAUUAUAAUGUAAAAGAUGAACUAUCAAAAGGUUUAUGUCUUAAAAAUGAAAACGAUUUUUUAUAUAAUACAUAUAAUAAUAAUAUUAAUAUAAAUAAUGAUGAAGAUGAUAUAUUUAUACAAAAUAAAGAAUUAAGAUUAAAAGCAGUUGAAAAGGUUUUAAAUAAAAGUGACAAUAUAAUAUUUUUUUCGAAUUUAAAAUUAGAUAAUAUUUAUAAAAAAAGAAAUCCACAUAAAAUUGAAAAUUUAUCUAUAUCAUAUAAGAAUGCAUAUAUACAUACACGUAUGACAAAUGAUUAUUAUUAUAAUUAUUUAUUUUGUAACAUACAAGGGGUAAUAGCUUAUUCUCGAUUUCAUAAAUUAGAUUUUAGAACUUUGAUACAUCAAUGUGUGGACGAAAAAAAUUAUGAUAAAGAAAAGAAGAUAAAAAUGAAGAUGAAUAUUAAUAUGGAUAUUAAUAUGAAUCUUAGAUCAUAUGAAAAACAUAUAUUAUUAAAAUGGACAGAAAGAAAAAAUGAGACAUUAAGAAGAUCGUAUAUGUUUUUAAAAAGAGGAGGUCGAGAUUUUUUUAUGAGAAAGGGUAAUAAUAAUAUGGGUGGAAAUAAUAAUAUGAGUGGAAAUAAUAAAAUGAGUGGAAAUAAUAAUAUGAUUGGAAAUAAUAAUAUGAGUGAAAAUAAUAAUAUGAGUGAAAAUAAUAAUAUGAGUGAAAAUAAUAAUACAAAUGAAAAUAAUAAUAUGGAUGAUAUUCAUACAAAUAAUAUUAAUACAAGUCAAAAUAUAUUUAAUAACGAAUUUGUAAAAAGUGCUAUAGAUGAAUCAACAAAUGAUAAUAUAAAUAAUUAUAAAAGUAAAUCAUCUUAUGAAUUAUUUCAUUUAUAUAAUAUAGAUAAAAAAAACAAAAUAAAAAAAAAAAAAAAAAAUCUGUACGAAAUUAUAAAUAUUUUAUAUACAUCUAAUUUUGAUUUUAGUGAGUAUAUUUUAUGUGAUUGGAAAAUAGAAAAUAAAUUUGAUGCAUGUGAGAUAAUAGAUUAUAAUGAUAAAGAACAAAUAGAUAAUCCAUCAUAUAAUUAUUAUAAUAAUUCAUGUUUAUUAUUAAAUGAUGAUGGUCCUUUAGUUAUAUUAGAAUAUAUUGAAAAGGAUCCUUUAAUACUUUUAAAAAAAGGUAUGAAUAGUAAAUUAAAUCAUUAUUUUAUAAGUGAAAAUGAUGAAAAUUUAUAUUCAUUUGAUUAUAAAAAUAAAUUAAAAAAAAAUGUUGAACCAUUUGGAGAAAUAAAUGUAAUUAAAAAUACAAUCAAUUAUUUUGGAGUAUCAAUCAAGUUAAAAAGAUCUAGACAAAGAAUUACAUUACUUGAAAAUGAAUUGUUCAAAUCUUUUUUAUUUACAUAUCCAGUGUAUUAUAUGAAUACUCGUCAAAAAAAUAGGUCUUUAAUAAAUAAAUAUCCUACUGAUGAUAAUAAAGGUGUUCAUAUUUAUUCGUAUGACAAAAAAUAUGCAAAUCAAAAUAAUCUCAACCUCCAACACAACAAUAAUAGAAAUAUAGACAAUAAUAAAAAUAUAGACAAUAAUAAAAAUAUAGAAAAUAAUAAAAAUAUAGACAAUAAUAAAAAUAUAGACAAUAAUAAAAAUAUAGAAAAUAAUAAAAAUAUAGACAAUAAUAAAAAUAUAGACAAUAAUAAAUACAUCAACAAUAAUGAUAAUAAUAAUUAUUAUUAUUAUAAUGAUUCACAAGAUAUAAAUAAAAUUAAUAAAUAUAUGAACACGUCUCAAUUAGAUUUAGAAAUAAAUUCUUUUGAAGAUAUAGAAGAAGAUGAAGAAGAAAAAAAAAAUAUGGAUGAAUACAACGAUAAUGAUACAAACGAUACAUCUUUUUAUAAUACCGAUUUUUUACUUAUAAGAAAUUUUUCUUAUAAUCAAAAUAGAUAUUUUAUUAAACCCUUAUAUGUAGAUGUAGAUAUAUAUAGGGAAGAAUAUAAAAGAGAAACUAUGAAAAGAAAAAAUGAGUAUCUUAUGCAAGAAGGAUAUAAUAUAAAUAAUGAGACGGAUAAUAUAAAUAAUGAGACGGAUAAUAUAAAUAAUGAGACGGAUAAUAUAAAUAAUGAGACGUAUAAUUUAAAUGUUGAGACGAACAAUUUAAAUGUUCAGACACCCCAAAAGGUGAACGAAAAAUAUAAUGAUAAAGACCAAUAUAAUAACUACAAUUCUGAUUAUCUAGAAAAGAAUAAUCCAUCAUAUUAUAAAAGUAUUAAUAAAAACGAUAUGACAAGAAAGGAAAAGGAAGUAGAAUUAUUUAAUAAUAAUACUUUCGAAACUAUAAAUAGUAAUAAAUCAAUAAAUUCAGAAGGAUACAUAAAAGAUACUAACAGUGAUAAAAUAGAUGAACAGAAUAAUUUAUAUUAUAAAAAUAAUAUGAAUGAUUAUGCAUAUGAUGAGAAUAUUAAUAAUUAUAUUAAUAAUGAAUAUUCAGAAGGUAUUAUGAAGAAGAAUUAUUUUAAUUGUAUUUUUUAUAAUGUAGGUUUUUUAGAUAUUAAUGUAGAUGUUAUGAAUCCAUUAUAUAAAAGAUAUCUUAUAGAAAAACGUAAUUAUGUAAGAAGCUGGAUAAUAAAAUUAAUAGUAAAAUAUAAAAUUAAAGAUUCUAAAAAAAUAAAAGAAAUAUUGAAAAAAAAAUUAAGUUUAUUUAUAAAUGAAAAAGAUAUUAAUGUUAUUGUUAAAUCUUUAGAUGUCAACUUAUUAUUAAAUAAAAAUUAUAUGGAUGAUGAAGAAGAAAAAAAUUUUUAUAAAAUAAAAAAUGUAUGUAUUAUAGAAUGUAUUUAUCAUUAUUUACAAUUAUUUAAAUAUGAAGGUAUCGAUUUUAAAACUGUUAUAGAUAAUCAACAGAAAUUAAAUGAAAUCAUUUCUGUUUUUAAAAUAGAAAAGGAAAGAGCUAUACAAAAUAUUAAUAAUAUAAACAAAAAAAUAAAAUAUAUAUAUAAUAAAUAUUGUUAUAAAAAGGAAGCUAAAACAGUUCAGUUCAAUAUUGAAAAAAAAGAUAUACAAAUCUCAUCCAUUAAAAAUUAUUAUUUUGUAGGAAAUUUUUAUUAUGAUAAUAAUAUGUUGAAUUAUUUCUUAUACAUUAAAUAUAUUAUUUCCUAUUCACCAUGGAAUAUAUUUAAAGAUUAUGUUAAUGUCUCAAGUGACAGCAAGAAGGAAAAAAAAAAUAAAAAAUAUCAGAAGGAUAUUAAAAAUGAGAAAAACAGCACCAAAAAGAAAAAGGAAAAAAAAAAAAAUAAUAAAAUUAAAAGAUCAGACCGGAGUGAUACUGCUACGAGUAAUAAUAAUAGUAACAGUGGAAGUAGUAGUAGUAGUAGUAAUAGUAAUAGUAGUAAUAGUAGUAGUAAUAGUCGUAGUAGUAGUCGUAGUAGUAGUGAACUAUCCUUAGAACAUUAUAAAUCCAGCGAUGAUACAGAUAUGUCUAGUAUGAGUAAUUAUCCUUACCAUUCAAAGAAACAAAAAAAAAGUAGCAAUGCAAAAGAAAAACGUCAAAAAAAUCUAAAAGUUAAAAAUAAAAAAAAUAAAAAAAAUAAAAAAAACCAUAAAGAGAGUUACACAAACAGCGAGAAAGACGAACAAGAAAGAGAAGAAAUAGACAAAGUAAAAGAAAACAUAAAGGGAAAAGAAAAUAAAUUAAUACAAGAUUUUGAAUCAAAUAAUGAUGAAAAAAUGCAUUUACAUUUGGAAAGUACAUAUAAGUCAGAUGAUUCUAUAUCAAAGGGGUCUGUAUCUAAUGAUUCUACAUCAAAGGGGUCUGUAUCUAAUGAUUCUACAUCAAAGGGGUCUGUAUCUAAUGAUUCUACGUCAAAGGAAUCUGAAUCAAAUGAUUCUACGUCAAAUGGAUCUGUAUCAAAUGAUUCUACAUCAAAGGGAUCUGUAUCUAAUGAUUCAUCAUCAAUUGAGAGCACCGAAAGUGAUACAAAUGAUGACAUGGAUAGAAAGAUAAACAAAGCAGAUAAGAGGAAUAAAAAAAAUAAAAAGAGUAAAAAAAGAAAUGGUAACAUAAAUAAUGAUUCAGGUGAUGAAUUAAAUAAAAAGGAAAUACAAAAUGAUUCUAAAGAUUCAGAAAUAGAAAAGAAUAGUGAUAACAACGACAAUAAUAAUAAUAAUAAUAAAAAGGUGGGAAGAAAGAAUUAUUUUUAUGCAACAUAUUUGUAUAGCCAUGUAGUAUAUAAUUCUCAAUUACAAAAAGGAAAUAUUGCAUUUCAAAGGAACAAAUAUAAUAAUAAUAUUAAUAAUAAUAAUAAUUAUUAUUAUAAUAAUUUGUAUGGAAAGAAAUAUAAACAACAACAAAUGAAAAAUAAAAUAUUUAUGCAGAAUAAUAAUAUUAUGAAAAGAGGAGAUAUAAUAAAUAAAAGAGUAAAUAUGUCUGAACAAAGACAGAAAAGACAAGGGAAUAAUACUUUUUCUAAAAAUAAUAUGGGAUACCAUUUUAAUAUGAAAGGAAAAUAUAACUUUAGUUAUUUUUAUAGAAAAUCAAAUAAUUUAAAUGCUGAUGUAAAGGAUAUGAAAAAAAAAAAAAAAACUUAUAUGCAUAAUAACAAUACAAAUUAUAUUGAAGGUGAAAAGAAAGGAACGUAUGAUGGGUAUUAUAAAUAUGACAAAGAAGAAAAUAUGUUUGAAAAGAGGUAUCGAAUGGAAGAAUAUGGAAUGAAUAAAAAGAAAAAUAGUACCAUUAAUAGUAAUAAUAAUAAUAAUAUAAUGAUGAAUAAUAUUAUUUUAGGGGGUGAUGAUGAUGAAGAUAUAGAUAUGAUGAAUAAUAAAAAAAUGUAUAAUAAAGAUCAAAUGAAUCGAUUAAGUGUGUAUAGAAAUAGCACAUUAAUUGAUAAUAAUAAUAAUAAUAAUAAUAAUAUAUAUAAUAAUAAUAAUUUGUUUAUGUCAGGAAAAGAUAUAAACAGAAAUAUUAAUAUAUCUCUAUAUAUGAAAUGCAUAACCCAUUUUAGCAUUAAAGAUUUAUCAAAGACACUUGUAAACAUUGGAUUGAAUAAUAAAGUUAUAAAACGUAUGAGCAGAAAUGAGCAAAUAAAUUUAAUAAAGAAGAAUAUAGGAAAUGAAAAAAUAUUAACAAGUACAAAUAAACUAAUACAUAUAUAUAUGAUAAAGAAAUUAAUUAUUGAACAAUAUAAAAAUUUACAUCAUCCAGUGUAUUUAAAAUAUAAUAAAAAUGUUUUAUAUAUAGAUGAAAAAAAAAGUUUAAUAAAUCAGAAUGAUAUUAUUCGUCAGAAUAGAGAAAUGAUAACAAAGAAUAAAGAAAAUUAUAAUUAUCUAUAUAAUAAAAUAGAUAAUACUAAUAAUAUACAGACUAAUAAUAAUGAUAAUUAUAAACAUUUGAAUAAUAAAAAUAAUGGUCUUUAUAAUAAUAAUGAUAAUUAUAAACAUUUGAAUAAUAAAAAUAAUGGUCUCUAUAAUAAUAAUAAUGAUAAAGAAAGAAAAGAAAAUGAUUCAUUCAUUUUAAAUAUUCCAAAAAAAACAAAGAUAGAAAAAUCUCGAAUAAAAUUAAUAAGAAAAUUUUUCUGUGAAUCAUCAAGUGAAAAUGAAUCUUCUUCCAAAUACUUAUCAGAUGUUGAAGUCUCUUCAUCAUCUUUUGAAUCGUCAGCUGAUUCUUUAUUAUCUGAUAAUAAGAAAACAUUACAAUGUUUAGAUGAUACAGAUAAUAUAAGAAAGAAAAAUAAAUUAGAAAAAAAGAAUCAUUUGAAAAAUAGUCAUCUUAAAGGUAUAUAUCAUGAGGAUGAAAAAAAAGGAUAUGCAAAGGAUUCAUAUGAUGAAGAUGAUUUUAUUGAUGAGGAAGAGAAAAAAGAUUUAGAAAUAAUAAGAGAAAUAAAAACAAAGGAGUAUAAUAUAGAAGAUAAUGAGAAUAAUUAUAAGUUGAUACAUUGUUUAAAAUGGUCGCGUGUAUAUAUAAGAAGAAAGGAUGAUAAUACUAUGAGAGUUGUAGAAUAUGGAAAUAUAAAUACAACUAAUAUAUAUAAUAAUAAUGAUGAUAAUAAUAAUAAUAAUAAUAAUAAUGAUAAUAAUAUACCUUUGUUUAGUAACCAGUUUAAUAAUCAAAAUUAUAAUAUGUCCUAUGCUUUUGAUCAAAACAAUAUUGGUAAUAAUUUUAUAUCCACAAAUAAUUUUCAAGAAAUAGAAAAAUAUAUUACAAAUAAUAAUAAUGAUAAAAUUGAUAAUAUACAAACGUUAUAUAUUUAUGGUGAAAAAAAUAUUAAUACAUUUUUAAAAUGGAAACGAUUCAGAGGAAUGCUGAAAAGAUAUUUUUCUCUUUUAAAAAAUAUAAAUAAUAUUCAUAAUAAUAAUAAUAAAAAGAACAAGUUAAUGCAAAAAAAUAUUCAACAAGAUAUUUCACACACAAAAAAUAAAAUGUUUCUUGAUGAUAAAAGAAAUGUUUAUAAUUUAUAUGAAGACGAAAAUAAUGUUCAUGCUGAUGUGGAAGAUGAUGGUUUUGAUUAUCUUGAUGAUGAUACUAUUACAAGUAAGAAUUUUUAUUUAGAUAGUGAGAAUAUAAAAAAAAAUAAAAAAAAAACAAAUAAAUUUACAAAAUAUUCAAAUAUGUUGCAGUUAAACAAAGAUCCAGCAUAUGGAAUAGAAAAAGCACUUAAUAUAUUUCCAACUGUUUGUAAUGAAUUGAAAACUUGGGAUGCUUGUAAAAAAAAUGAGAAAAAAAAAAAAACAGAACAAAAGAAAAAAAUAGAAAAUGAAAAUAAAAUGCAUGAGAAAAAUAAAGAUGCGGAAAAAAAAUCAAACUUGUUAAAAAAAAAUAAAAAUGAAGAUAAUGAUGAGGAAGUGGAGGUGGAUUAUAAUGAUAAACAUUCUUCGAAAAAACAAAACAAACAAAAAAUGAAUAAAAAGAAAAAAAUGAAUGAUAUAUAUAUUAAUGAUAAAAAUAAAAAAGGAAUAAACAAAAAAUUUGUAAACACCAACUAUUCUAUAAAUAUUAAUAAAAACAAUAAAAGGUUUCAUAAUAUUAUAUCUUAUAAAAAUAAAGAUAAUAAAAAGAAUUUACAAAAAAAUAAAAUAAAAAAUAAAAAAACACAUAUCAAAAAUAAAUCAAUUAUAAAAAAAAGUAAAUCGAAUAAUGAAAGUGAAAUGAAAAAUGAACAUUCGCACGAUCAUUUAAUAGAAUUAGAUAGUGAUGAAAAAAAAUAUACUUAUAAUAAUAAUAAAAAAAAGAAAAAAAAUCCAGAUGAAUCAAGUGAUGUUAAGAAAAAUAAAAAUAAAAAAAGCACAUCCUCUGUAAAAUAUUUAUCACAUAGUAAAAGAUAUACUUUAAAAAAUAAUAAUAACGAUGAUGAUACAUAUAUGGAUGAUGAAGAUAUAAGUGAUAAUAGUAAUUAUUAUGAUGAUUAUCAUAUUGAUAAAAAUACCAAAAAAAAAAAUAAUUAUAAUAAUAAGAAAAGAAAAAAGGGAAAGGAAAAUAUUGAAAGAUAUAAUACUAAUGAUGAUGAAGAAGAAGAAACGGAAGAAAUGUAUUACACAUAUGAACAUUCAAAAUUAAAAAAAAAAAAAGGUAAUGAAUAUUAUAAUAAAACAAAUAGUAAUAAUAUAUCUGAAAAUGAAAGUAUUAAUACAAAUGUAUAUAAUAAUAAAAAUGUUAUUAUAGAUGAAGAAAAUAAAAAAAAAAAUAAAAAAGAAAAUAAAUAUAAAAAUAUUAAAGAAGUAAUAGAAAAUUUUAAUGAUACAUUAUCAAAAAUAAUGACAGAAAUAUCUAAUAUAAAUAAUUAUAAAGCAUUUUUAAAUGAAGUAAAUGAAUCAUAUGCACCUUUAUAUUAUACUGUUAUUAAAAAACCAAUGUAUAUAAAUAAAAUCAUAUUUAGAUGUAAAAAAAAAAAAUAUAAUAGUUUAAAUUCAUUUUUUGAAGAUGUUAAUUUAAUUGUUUCGAAUUGUAAACUAUAUAAUACACCUACAUCUGUUAGUGCAUAUUUAUGUGAUAUUGUUGAUAAUAUGUUUAAAGAUAUUGUUAAUAAAAUAAAAAAUAAUACAAGCUUACAAAAUUAUAAUCAUAUAUUAAUUCAACAUUUCUAUAAAAAUAAAAAUAUAUAUAAUAAUACAUGGGAAAGCAUACAGCUAGAUAACCUGUUGGGAGAUGAUCAAGAUAUUCAUAAUGUAUAUGAUAAUACAGAUACACAAAAAGAAAAGAAUAAUAAUCAUGAUCCUUUGAUUCAUACUAACAUAUCUGAAAAAAAUCAAGCAGAAGAAGUAUCUAAUAUGUCAGCUUUUUCUAUGGAUGUAAUAAAAUCAAAUGACACAAAUAAAAAUAUGGAUAUCGAUCAUACCAAUCAAAAUAUUCAAAAUAAUAAUAAUACAGAUGUUUAG